ACUGUGACAGACUGCGGCGGGACCAGCAGUCGAGCGAUCUUUGUUCGCACGGUUCGAAUCGCAUUCGGUACGAUGAAGCUCCUACUGUUUCUGGGCCUGGUGGCCGCUGCCUCUUGCUCGGGCAAUGUCGCGAACGGGCCGAAAGUCACGGACAAGGUAUGGUUUGACGUCAAAAUCGGCGACGUCGACGCCGGCCGGAUUGAAAUCGGUCUUUUUGGUAAAACCGUCCCGAAAACGGUGAAGAACUUCGUAGAACUUGCCAAGAAGCCCCAAGGUGAAGGAUACAAAGGCAGUAUGUUCCACAGAGUGAUCAAGGACUUUAUGAUCCAAGGGGGAGACUUCACGAAGGGAGAUGGAACUGGAGGUCGUAGCAUUUAUGGGGAUCGUUUCGCGGACGAGAAUUUCAAGUUGAAACACUAUGGUGCUGGUUGGUUGUCAAUGGCUAAUGCUGGCAAGGAUACCAAUGGAUCUCAAUUCUUCAUUACGGUUAAGCAAACCCCGUGGCUGGAUGGUAGACAUGUUGUCUUCGGCAAGGUUAUCAAAGGAAUGGAUAUAAUCCGCAAAAUCGAGCAAACAAGCACAGAUUCGCGAGAUAGACCACAGAAGAACAUUGUCAUUGCUGAUAGCGGCGCAGAGACUGUGGCAGAGCCAUUUAGUGUAACUAAAGACGAUGCUGCAGAAUGAACGCAGGGAUUUAUUGGCAAUUUCCGUACGAUCCGUUUGUCUCGACAUGCGACAUGAUCCUUUUCAGUUGUACGGCUCUGAUAUCAUUAUAUAGUUUCUUUAAAAACGAAACAAUGGCAACAACGGUAUAACAAUUAUCGAUAGAAAAUUGUACGAUGUCGAUGAGUCGGAUAAUUUGGUCUUUUGCAUUACCGUUAUACCAUGAGACGAAAAUGUUACACAGGGUCAUGAAGCAUUAACGCGGCAAUUACAGAAACGAUUGUUUCUAUUCCAGUUACAACUUCGUAUACUUACAUUGCACAAAAAAUUUUGUACGUCCGAAAGCAAAUUUUUUACAUUCACAAAGAUAAGUUGUUUAAAAAAA